UUUGGAGCUAGGAAUUGCUUAUCGAUAAAGAAUUGAGCUAUGACAUUAUUAUUAUUAUCUUACAUUAGUAUCUGCCCGUUGCUGAACUCGGCUGAGCCGAGUCGGCUCUCUAUUUAUCAAUAGCAACAUCUAACAUCCACCAUCUUUCUUGCUGCACGUCUUCAGCUUCUCACCACAGAAUCGAGCAAAUACUGUCAAGAUGGCGCCUGCACAACCAGAGCUCAAGAAGUACCUCGACAAGAGACUAUUCGUUCAGCUAAACGGAAGCCGUAAGGUUCUAGGCAUUCUUCGCGGUUACGAUGUCUUCUUGAACAUUGUUCUCGACGAUGCCGUGGAAGAGAAAGACGGAGGCGAAAAGGUCAAGCUAGGGAUGGUGGUCAUCCGGGGCAAUUCUGUGGUCAUGCUAGAAGCACUGGAGAGAAUCGGUGGAGAUCGUGACAAAUAAGGCAACAAGGAGACUGACAAUCUGCACAUUGGUCAAGUCGGGGAUGAUAACAACAGCACUCGUGACGAGAGAGUAACGGUCCACUUUUCCUCUCCUCUUCAUCUCACAAUAAAAUACCAAUUGAUAACAACACUGAAGCACUGUCUCUUUAACG